AUGGCCCAGUUUGAUGUCUUCCUCCAUGGUGCAGAGAGUGCCAACACCACCAAGGCCAGGAGGACGGAGAUCCUGUCGCAGAUUGCGGCUGAUGUGAAUGGGUUGGGAUAUGAGGCCAAGAUAGUGAACGUCCCGGAAACGCGCAGAACUUACUGCAAGAAAUGUGGGAAGCAUCAGCCUCAUAAGGUGACCCAGUACAAGAAGGGGAAGGACUCCCUCUACGCCCAGGGAAAGAGGCGAUACGAUCAAAAGCAGAGCAGUUAUGGUGGGCAGACCAAGCCAAUCUUCCGUAAAAAGGCCAAGACCACCAAGAAGAUUGUACUGAGGCUGGAGUGUGUCGACUCCAACUGCCGAUCAAAGCGGAUGUUGGCUAUUAAGAGAUGUAAGCACUUUGAGCUUGGAGGAGACAAAAAGAGAAAGGGACAAGUCAUCCAGUUCUAAGCUGCCGCAUUACUUUUGAAAAUGAAAUAAAAUAUUCAAAAUUCAA